GAAGAAGAAGAAGCAUGUGUCCGUUAGUGUUUGAAUGUGUUUAACGUCAUUCGUGAGAUGUUCAUCAUGAGAGAGCAGGUGGAUGUGAUCUGCUGUAAAUCAGUAGGAACUGAUCUGUCCAUGCUGGAUAUUGAUGAUUUCAUCUCAGAAAUCUCUCAGCUGAAGAAAGAGGUGACAUCACUGAAGACAAAGCUGAUGAAGAGAGACGACAGGUUACAGGAGCUGGGAAAGGUUUCCUGUCAAUCUUCAGUGUGUGUGACUGAUGGGACCUCCACAGAAUGUCAGGAUUCAGUGUGGAGCGGCAGAGAUCAGUCCACACCACAGCGACUGCUGGACAGACUCUCUGAACAGAGAUCCAGAGACACACAGGACUCACAGCUGACUUUACUCUGUUCUACUGACGAUAAUCAGGGUGAUCAAACCCCUACAGAGUCUCUGACUUCUGACUGUAACGCUGUAGAACAGCAGAUGCUGCAGACACCAGUGAAGAUGUGUUCAGUGAAGCUGCUGGACUGCAGGAACCUGAUUAAGAGGAGAGGAGAAAUCAAAGUAGAGGAACAACAUGGUAAUGAAGAUGAUGGUGAUGAUCAAACCUCCACAGAGUCUCUUGCUAAUGUCAGUAAUGCUGGAGAACAGCAGAUGCUGCCAGUGAAUAUCGAAGUGAAGGAGGAGGAGAUAAAAGAAGAAAACAUGGCAGAGGAAAAACAGGGUGUUGAAGAUGAUUAUUUAUCUUCAGAGCUGAUUGUAGCAAAAGAGAAACGUCAAGAACUGGAUAAAGUGGAGGACAAACUUCAGUGUCGGAAACAUCAUGAUUUCACAACUGGAGUAAAAUCUUUGAGUUGCUCAAAGACUAAGAAGAAUUUAUCACCAGAAAAGCAUAAAAGAAGAGCAGCCAAAAAUACAUUCACCUGCUCACAGUGUGGAAAAAGUUUCACAAAUAAAAGCCGGUUUAAUAAACACAUGAAUGUUCAUAUUGGAGAGAAACCUUACACAUGCCAUCAGUGUGGGAAAAGUUUUGCAUAUACAGUUUGUCUAAAAGGUCAUCUCCGCUGUCACUCUGGAGAGAGACCAUUUGAAUGUGAAAAGUGUGGUAAAACAUUUGUUUUGUAUUCAGGCCUAAGAAAACAUCUGAAAACUCACACAGAUGAGAAGCCUUACAAGUGUUCUUUUUGUGGAAACCGUUUUGCACGCCUGUUCUAUUUGAAAAUGCACCAGAAGAUACAUACCGGUGUGGGUGCUCAUAUGCACUGUGGGAAGACCUUUAUUUCAGCCAGCAGCAUGAUACAGCAGCAAAGAAUUCAUGCUGGAGAAAAACCUUACAAGUGCUCACACUGUGAAAAGAGUUUCAAUCUGAAACAUCACCUGAAAAAACACGAGAGAAUUCAUACUGGUGAAAAACCUUUCAAGUGCUCAAACUGUGAAAAGAGUUUCACUCAGUCACAACACCUGAAAAAACACGAGAGAAUUCAUACUGGAGAAAAACCUUACAAGUGCUCACACUGUGAAAAGAGUUUCACUCAGUCACAAAACCUGAAAACACACAAGAGAAUUCAUACGGGAGAGAAACCUUACAAGUGCUCACACUGUGAAAAGAGUUUCACUCAGUCACAAAACCUGAAAACACACAAGAGAAUUCAUACUGGAGAAAACCCUUACAAGUGCUCACACUGUGAAAAGAGUUUCACUCGGUCACAUCACCUGAAAACACACGAGAGAAUUCAUACUGGAGAAAAACCUUUCAAGUGCUCACACUGUGAAAAGAGUUUCACUCAGUCACAAAACCUGAAAAAACAUGAGAGAAUUCACUGCUUCUGAAGUAUCUACAUUUUCCACCGAAAAUGCCUUUACAGGUUUCCUGUCAUUCAUGACUUCUGAUAACUGAAUAAAAUUAAAUAUAUAAACAUCUCAAGUUGUUUAUAAUGUACCAAUUUUAUUGCACAGCAAUGUACGUAUUAAUUUGUUUCAUGUGUGGAGAGGAGAAAGAGGGGGGGAAAAAACACUUACUAUUUCUCCGAUACACCGCAGCUUGGUCCUCUGCCACUCCUCCACCCUCUAAUGGAUGACAGCCGCACCUCCCUGGGCAGAUCAGAGGCAGUCCUCCAGCCCCUGGUGGACGCAAUGCCCCGCCGCAUUUUUGGUGGAUGGUAGGGUUCCCCCCAUCCCUGGCAGCGAUAACUGCUCCAUGCGGUUGGUUGGGAGCCCCUCCUCCCCUCACGGUCUGCGGCUAUUCCUCCGCAUCCAGGCAGCUGGGCUACUCCGUCCUCCAGGGGAUGGCCACGGCUGCUCCUUUGGGGUGGAUGUAACGGCGAGAACUCCACUACAGGUUAUCCCUCCCUCUUCCUGGAUUUCGGCACCAGUGUAAAGGGAUUAAUGGAAACAUUUUAAAAAAGAGAGGGAAAGGCCAACACGGAGCGGUAGUGGGAGAGAAAGAAAAAAGCCACUCCUUUGUUAUCUUGGCUGUGUGCUUAGGGUCGUUGUCCUGUUGGAAGAUGAACCUUCACCCCAGUCUGAGGUCCAGAGCGAUCUGGAGCAGGUUUUCAUCAAGGAUGUCUCUGUACAUUGCUGCAUUCAUCUUUCCCUCGAUCCUGACUAGUCUCCCAGUUCCUGCCGCUGAAAAACAUCCCCACAGCAUGAUUCUGCCACCACCAUGCUUCACUGUAGGGAUGGUAUUGGCCAGGUGAUGAGGGUGCCUGGUUUCCUCCAGACAUGACGCUUGCCAUUCAGGCCAAAGAGUUAAAUCUUUGUUUCAUGAGACCAGAGAAUUUUGUUUCUCAUGGUCUGAGAGUCCUUCAGGUGCCUUUUGGCAAAACUUUUACUGAGGAGUUGGUCACUCUACCAUACAGGCCUGAUUGGUGGAGUGCUGCAAAGAUGGUUGUUCUUCUGGAAGGUUCUCCUCUCUCCACAGAGAAACGCUGCAGCUCUGUCAGAGUGACCAUCAGGUUCUUGGGCACCUCCCUGACUAAGGCCCUUCUCCCCCGAUCUCUCAAUUUUGCCGGGUGGCCAGCUCUAGGUAGAGUCCUGGUGGUUCCAAACUUCUUCCAUUUACGGAUGAUGGAGGCCACUGUGCUCAUUGGGACCUUCAAUGCCGCAGACAUUUUUCUGUACCCGUCCCCAGAUCUGUGCCUCGAUACAGUCCUGUCUCGGAGGUCUACAGACAAUUCCUUGUACUUCAUGGCUUGGUUUGUGCUCUGACAUGCACUGUUAACUGUGGGACCUUAUAUAGACAGGAAUGUGCCUUUCCAAAUCAUUUCCAAUCAACAGAAUUAAGUUGUAGAAACAUCUCAAGGAUGAUCUGUGGAAACAGGAUGCAACUGAGCUCAAUAUUGAGUGUCAUGGCAAAGGCUGAGAAUACUUUCUGGAUGCACUGUAAAUCAUAUUUUAAUAUGAAACUCAACCAGAAAGACAAACACACAAAUGUGUCAGACAGCUGUCCGCAAAUCUCUCUCUGUCUCACUGCAGUCUCCAGUUGGCCUUUAUGCCUCUCUGAGGCUUGAUUAGCCUCAUGACCCGGCCCCGCCCUCCACCCUGCCACAUUCCUCCCUCGUUCGCUCAGGCCGGGGAACCCCCAGCAUGACUCUUUCCUUGGGGAGGGGCGUGCUUUCUGCCCCAUCUGCCGGCAGGUCAACCCUGUCUACGUGGAUGAGGGAUGGGACAAGGGGAGGGAAACAAAAAAAGUGUGGCACCUACACACCGUAACGGCAAAUCGUGCCAAAUUAACAAAACAUUUUAAAAAAGAGAGGGAAAGGCCAACAUGGAGCGGUAAAGGGAGAGAGAGAAAAAAAAAACACUUACUCGCUGGUUCUCCGAUAUGCCACAGCUUGGUCCUUUGCCACUCCUCCACCCUCUAAUGGACGACAGCCAUGGCUCCCUGGAUGGAUUGGAGGCAGUCCUCCGGCCCCUGGCGGACAGAAUGCCCCGCCGCAUUUUUGGUGGACGUAGGAGUCACCCCUGCCCCUGGCAGAGGUAACCGCUCCAGGCGGUUGGUUGGGAGACCCUCCUCCCCUCGCGGUUGGUGGCCGUUCCUCCACUUCCAGGCGGCCGGGAUACUCCGUCCUCCAGCGGAUGGCCACGGCUGCUCCUUUGUGUUGGAUGGUUGUGGCGAGAACUCCACUACGGCUCAUCCCUCCUCCUUCCCGGAUUUCGGCACCAGUGUAAAGGGAUUAAUGGAAAGGAGGUGGCGAGAACCAGCUUGACAAUAUAAAUAAUAGUUUAAUAUAAAAGUGAAACAAAACUACAAACACACAAAUGUGUCGGACAGCUGUCCGUAAAUCGCUCUCUCUGUCCCAAUGCAGUCUCCAGUCGGCCUUUAUCCCUCUCUGAGGCCUGAUUAGGGGCUGGGUGUGUGGAAUCAUGAUCCGGCACCGCCCUCCGCCCUGCCACAGUGUGUUA